AGUUGGAGAUCUCUGGGAAAACUGUUAUUGCUGAAAGGAGAAGAAUCAAACAAUAUCUGAUUUCUAUCUUUCCUAAACCUAAACAAAAGGACUUGUAAUCUUAAAGCAUACCGUCAUUGAGGGCUGCUGCUGUAUCGAAAUUUCUCCAUUCUAUCAAAGAUAAAAUCAGAAAUCCUAACUGAAGAUGGCUUUUGCAUCUCAUUGUCACUAUGGGUGACUACAACGAUGCCUUCAUGCGCAACCAAAACGCCGCCGUCCGAGGAGCCACCAAGGGCCAGAACCGCGCCAACGUUCUUCAACUCAAACUGAUUGGGCAAAGUCACCCGACUGGUUUAACAGCCAAUCUGUUGAAGCUCUUUGAGCCCAGACCUCCUUUGGAAUAUAAACCCCCGCCAGAGAAGAGAAAGUGCCCUCCACACACAGUGAAAAGGAUUGAUAUUUUAGGUUCAGUGAAAGAAGUGGCAAUGAGCACAAAGAAGCAGCAACAGAGUGGACCUCCUCAAAUUGUCAGAUUAGACAAGGCGUUUAAAUUGGCAGAGCAAUGGGUUAAUAACAUGAGUAAAGAUGUGUUGGAUGAGCCAACAGCAGUAGAACCAGAAUACCAUCCUUCUGGGUCAGGCUUGGGGCGAAAGUUGCGUCAGUGGAGAGUUGGAUAUCCAAGUGAUCCCGUUGGAAGAAAGUUGCAUGCUAAAUUGGAAGCUGUAAAAAGAAAGUCUGCCAAAAGCAUCGGUGGUAAUGACAAUGGCGACAAUCAUGAGGAGAGCGAUGAAGAGUUAGAAAGCAGAACUAAUGCAUUUGCCAAGAAGGUAAAGGGCCCUCCUCCGAGUAGUCCAUCUUUACAGGUAAAGAAGAAACAGAAGUAGCUUAGGAGCUUAUUAAGGUUUAAUUUAAUCACCUACAUUUAUUGUUGUUCUACAUUAUUUGUUUUAUAUGAACUUGAAGCUUGUUGUUUAGUAAAAACUCUAUAACUGAACAUCUUUAUAGCAUUUGCAAAACAUUGCUCUUAUCAUUCGAGGGGGCUGACCACAAUUUGACCUA